GCUAAACGUGUAGGCGACUUCUUCAAUAUGGCCGCCGGUGACACUGCGCUCUGGCUGCACAACAAAUUAGGUUCAACAGAUGACCUGUGGUCUGGUAAAACAAUAUGCUCCCAGCUCUCGCAGGAAAGACUGCAGAAUAUCCAUGCUUGCUUCCAUACCCUCCAGCCGCAUGUCAAAGUGAAACUUAUGCUUUCUUUUCUACACAUUCCUAGGAGGAAUGUUGAUUUGUGUAAGGGACAGCUUGAAGAGAUCCUGAUGUUGGCAAUACAUGAUACAGAUCAGUGGGUGUCUAUGGUAGGGGAGAUUUUACGCACAUACCCUGCAACAGGAGCACUGAAUCUCGAGCUGGAGGAUAAUAAUGGAACUUUUGCUGAAGUUCUUUCUGAUCUCAAAAAGAUGGUGAAGCGGUCCGUAGAUGUGAAGAUGUUGCCAAUGGAAUGUCAAUUUCUCAACAAGACUGCGCUGAUAGCCACCACGGGACAACAGCCACUACCGACAAAACACUUUGCCCUGAAACGAAAACCGAAGUCUGCUGCACUUAGAGCUGAACUCUUACAAAAGUCAUCUGAGGCAGCAGUUAACAGAAAGAGAAAUGGUUCUGACUAUGUUCCAAUCAAAGUAAGGAGUUUUGCCAAAAAGAUGGAUGACUUUACUCCCUUAAAGGGUUUUCCUAGUAAGAACAUGCCCACUGGAGGAUUCCUAAGCCCUAACUCAGUGGGAAGAAAAUCAGGAUUUCUCGGAAGCUCUGGCUCGUCUAUAGCGGGUACACCAAACAGAAUGAAUACUUUGAAAAAAGAAGGAGGCAUUAAGCUCUUAGAUAUUGCAGAACAACCUUUAGGACCAAAAGAGGCAAAAAGGAGGAGAAAGCUUGCUGAAACAGAAGCUAUUGAACAAGCAAAAGAAAAAAGGGAAGCAGAGAAGGCUGCAGCUGCGGCCAAUCAAGCGGCAAAUCCUGCCCCCUAUACUCCAGAUUACGCAGCAGGGCUUGUUUCCCCAGCCCCAGCAAAGAUUAUUGGAGUUGGUACCAGUUCAGCUGUCUCAUCAUUACCACAGACUCAGACUGUGUCCUAUGUUCCAACACAAACUACCAGAAUACCCGAGCCUUCUCCAGCCUCGUCAGUGUCGGCAAAUACUCAGCAGGCGAGGGACAACUUACAACAACAACUACAGCAGCUUGGCCAGUCACAAAUCAGAACUACAACUGUCUUGCCAUCCAUUGGUCAAACAUUUCAGCAGACAGCUGUCAAUCAAAAUACAACCACUCCCAUUGGACAACCAUUACAGCCAAUCCAGCCACAGCCUCAAAAUAAUGUUCCACAGCCAUUGGCUGCCCAACAGCAGCAGCAACAACAACAACCCCAAGCAAAGAAGGGGCUUUCACUUACACGAGAACAAAUGGUCGAAGCACAGGAAAUGUUUAAAAAUUCAAACAAAGUGACAAGACCAGAAAAAGCAUUGAUUCUUGGUUUUAUGGCUGGAUCAAGAGAGAAUCCAUGUCCACAGCAAGGUAAUAUAUUAAGUAUCAGACUGAGUGAAGCUAAGGAACAUGUUACUUUACCUGAUCAAAAUCAGAAACAGAUGCUAGUCGAUACGUUCUUCCAAAUGAAUUACUUAACUGGUGAAUGGAAACGGGUGAAAAAAUACAGAGAAAUCGAGGAAGGUUGAAUAGUACAGAUUUCAUUAUUGUGUUGUGUAUAAGCUUAAAUGAUGGAACUGGAAAUGAAACUCAUCACCGCCGAAAGAGGUGGAAAGAAGACCAGAAAAAAGGAAUAGGGAUUUCGGUGGUGUAAAUGUGAUUGCAUCUGAAGGAUGGAAAAUGAGGAAAGAAAAGGAGAAAGAGCCACACUGAGAGAAUUUCAUGAUGUGGAGUGGCAAAAGAGUGAAUUUGUAUUCUGGUUUUGUGGUGCUUUUUGUAAACUUAAAUUUGAUUUAGGGUUUUAUUAUUAUUUUUAGCCGUAAAAUCAAAUAGUUAUCGUGAACUAUUACUAAUAAUUAAACCAAAAUAAUUCACUUAGAUGUACAAACAAACACCAGACAGCCAUUUUGAUGACUGUUCAGCUCAUUGCAUGCUGGCUCAACAAAAGUGUUCAGUUUCUGGCAAAUACUGAUUUUCACGGUUCUAGCAGUUUUCAGCCAAUUGCUUCCAUUUUAGAUGAAAUCAUGUUCAGACAGGCAGGUCCUCAAAGUCUGAUUUACAUUUAACUGGACCGGUAUUCAUCAAUGUUUAAAGUCUGAAAUUAAUACUUAAGGUUGAAGAACAUUUAUACUUAAGAAUGGCAGAUAUUCAGUUUGACAUUACUUCAUUUAUAGUAGAUUUGUUCUGAUGAAAUUUGGGGAGCUGACUAGUUGCAAAAUACAUGUUUAUGCAUAAUUUCAUUUAAUCUUAAUCAAAAUUUCUGACUUAAAAGGUUUAUAAUAAAUAUACGUCCAUAUUUAUACCAUUUUGUACUUUGUUAGCUUACAUUUGUUGAACUAACUUAAAUCUAAAAUUUUAGACACUGUCUCCAGUCAUAAUCAUUUUUUUAUGGAAGCUUUUUUUUUUUUUGUUAUUAUAGUAUAAUUCUGCAAGGUUAGAGAUGGAAGUUUCAUAAGUCUUUACUUACAGGUUUAAAGAAGAACCUUUUUAGCCCGACUAUUCGAAGAAUAAGUAGAACUAUCCUACUCACCACAGCGUCGGCAUCGGCGUCACACCUUGGUUAAGUUUUUAGUACCAGUCCACAUUUUGACAGAACCUUCUGAGAUAAAGCUUUGAAACUUUCAACACUUGUGUACCAUUUUGGCUGAAUUAUGGCCCCUUUUAACGUAGAAAUGUUGGUUAAGUUUUUCUUACCAGUUCAUAUUUUGUGUAAACUGUUUGACAAAUAGCUUUGGAACUUUUAUCACUUGUUUAUUAUAACAAUCUCUAUCUGUAGGCAAACGUACAUCACUCUGUUAAUUAUUUUGGCUGAAUUAUGGCCCUUUUUGGACUUGGAAAUUGGUACUAUUUUCGUACAAGUCCACAUUUUGUCAAAACUAUUUGACAUGUGGCUUUGAAACUUUGAACACUUGUUUAUCAUCAUGAUUUUCAUCUGUGUCCAGUCCAUCACUCAUCAUUGGGUUUCAUAAGAGCUUACAGUAAAUAUUCUCCAUGAAACAAAACUUUUUCAUGCAAGAUCCAGGCCUCUUCAAAUAAGGUCAUAUGUUGCAUGCAAAAUGUCCUUUCAGUAAUUCUGUUUUAGUUUAUUGUUUGUUUAUACAGUUUUUUAUGUAUCUCUGGCAACACUAUAAGUAUUGCUUUUGUAUGUCUGCUAUCUGUCAGUAGUUUAGUAUUCACAGAAUAGCCAUGUCUCGGUUCUCACAACUUACAACAGUACAACCCAUUUUGAAAUUUAGAACAUUUGGUAUAUGUUAGGUAUUAUAUAGUAAAAAGAUUUUCAGUAAUUGAGAAAACAAUAUUCCUAAUCCUAAAGCUACUCGCCCACAAUGUGGGUGAAAUUUUUCAAUGUGUUUCAUCACAAAGUUUGGCAUAGAAUGUAUAUAUGACACUGAACAAAUGAUAAAGUGGGUGAAAAUAAAAGUUAGAUACUGGUAAAAAUGCAAGAAGAAUGUAAAUUUUCUGCAUUAUUUCAAAUGUGUUGCAACAAUUUACUCCCUUCUGCACAGUAUUCUUGGUUAUUUAUAAGAAAAUCUUGCAAAAACCUUAUGUCAGUAAGUUUGUACCACUAGUCACUUUCAUAUUUUUAUCAGCUUAAUGACUCAUCAUUCAAAGUUUACAUUUGCAAAAAUAGAACUUGCGAAAAGAAAUUGGCGGUAUUAGAAUUUAUGUAUUGUUGAAAUUGUGCAUUGGCUUUGUUAUGUAUGAAUGUUGAAAUUGUACAUUGGUCAUGUCGUGUUUGAAUGCUGGGCAAUAUCAAUGUCUGUGCAAUAUAGUAAUAUUUAUGAUGUAUGACCUGCAGAUAUCUGACUUAGUUAUACCCCCACAAACAAAGUUUGGGGGGUAUAUAGGAGUGAGCUUGUCGGUCGGUUGGUUGGUUGCCGGUUUGUUGGUUUGUUGGUUUUCAUAGUUUCCGGACAAUAACUCAUGGAAGACUUGACAGAUUUAAAUAAAUUUUGGUACACUUCCAACUUAAAAUUUGCUUAACUCAUGGUUUCUGGACAAUCACUCGUGAAAGACUUGACAGACUUAAAUAAAUUUUGGUACACAGGUGUAACAUCAUAAAAUACAGAAAAUACAAGUCAAGUUCGACUUUGCCUAUAAACCACCAUUUUUAGCUCAUCUGAUUUUUGGGGAAAAAAUGAUGAGUUAUUGUCAUCACUUGAGCGGUUGUCGGCGUCUGCGUCGGCUUUUCCUGGUUAAGUUUUAUGUUUAGGUCAGCUUUUCUCCUAAACUAUCAAAGCUAUUGCUUUGAAACUUGGAAUACUUGUUCACCAUCAUAAGCUGACCCUGUAUAGCAAGAAACAUAACUCCAUUCUGCUUUUUGCAAGAUUUAUGGCCCCUUUUGUACUUAGAAAAUAUCAGAUUUCUUGGUUAAGUUUUAUGUAUAGGUCAACUUUUCUCCUAAACUAUCAAAGCUAUUGCUUUGAAACUUGGAAUACUUGUUCACCAUCAUAAGCAGACCCUGUACAUCAAGAAACAUAACUCCAUCUUGCUUUUUUCAAGAUUUAUUGCCCCUUUUGGACUUAGAAAAUCAGUUUUCUUGGUUAAGUUUUAUGUUUAGGUCAGCUUUUAUCCUAAACUAUCAAAGCUAUUGCUUUAAAACUUGCAACACUUGUUCACCAUCAUAAGCUGACCCUGUACAGCAAGCAACAUAACUCCAUCCUGCUUUUUGCAAUAAUUAUUGCCCCUUUUGGACUUAGAAAAUCAUUUUCUUGGUUGAGUAUUAUGUUUAAGUCAACUUUUCUCAUAAACUAUCAAAGCUAUUGCUUUAAAACUUGCAACAGUUUUUCACCAUCAUAAGUGGACACUGUACAUCAAGAAACAUAACUCUAUCCUGCUUUUUGCAAGAAUGAUGGCCCUUUUUAGACUUAGAAAAUCAUGGGUAGGACAAUAUUUCUAUUACACAAAAAAAAUCAGAUGAGCGUCAGCACCCGCAAGGCGGUGCUCUUGUUUUACAUAGUUAUGGCCCCUUUCCAACUUAAAAUUUGCCGAACUCAAGGUUUCCGGACAAUAAUUCAUGAAAGGCUUGACAGAUUUAAAUAAAUUUUGGUACACAGGUGUAACAUCAUAAAAUACAGGUCAAGUUUGACUUUGGCUACAAACCACCAUUUUUUUACCUAAUUAUGGCCUCUUUCCAAUUUAAAAUUUGCCAAACUCAUUUUGUGUACAGAAAUUAGUAUUCUAUUGUAUACAAAAAUUGGUAUUCUAUUUUUAGCUCACCUGUCACAAAGUGACAAGGUGAGCUUUUGUGAUCGCGCGGUGUCCGUCGUCCGUCGUCCGUCCGUGCGUCCGUGCGUCCGUAAACUUUUGCUUGUGACCACUCUAGAGGUCACAUUUUUCAUGGGAUCUUUAUGAAAGUUGGUCAGAAUGUUCAUCUUGAUGAUAUCUAGGUCAAGUUCGAAACUGGGUCACGUGCCAUCAAAAACUAGGUCAGUAGGUCUAAAAAUAGAAAAACCUUGUGACCUCUCUAGAGGCCAUAUAUUUCAUAAGAGCUUCAUGAAAAUUGGUCAGAAUGUUCACCUUGAUGAUAUCUAGGUCAAGUUCGAAACUGGGUCACGUGGGUUCAAAAACUAGGUCAGUAGGUCUAAAAAUAGAAAAACCUUGUGACCUCUCUAGAGGCCAUAUUUUUCAUUAGGUCUUCAUGAUUAUUGGUCAGAAUGUUUACCUUGAUGAUAUCUAGGUCAAGUUCGAAACUGGGUCACGUAGGGUCAAAAACUAGGUCAUUAGGUCUAAAAAUAGAAAAACCUUGUGACCUCUCUAGAGGCCAUAUUUCUCAAUGGAUCUUCAUGAAAAUUGGUCAGAAUGUUCUCCUUGAUGAUAUCUAGGUCAAGUUUGAAACUGGGUCACGUGGGGUUAAAAACUAGGUCAGUAGAUCUAAAAAUAGAAAAACCUUGUGACCUCUCUAGAGGCCAUAUUUUUCAUGAGAUCUUCAUGAAUAUUGGUCAGAAUGUUCACCUUGAUGAUAUCUAGGUCAAGUUCGAAACUGGGUCAUGUGGGGUCAAAAACUAGGUCAGUAGAUCUAAAAAUAGAAAAACCUUGUGACCUCUCUAGAGGCCAUAUUUUUCAAUGGAUCUUCAUGAAAAUUGGUCAGAGUGUUUGCCUUGAAGAUAUCUAGGUCAAGUUCGAAACUGGGUCACGUGGGGUUAAAAACUAGGUCAGUAGAUCUAAAAAUAGAAAAACCUUGUGACCUCUCUAGAGGCCAUAUUUUUCAUGAGAUCUUCAUGAUUAUUGGUCAGAAUGUUCACCUUGAUGAUAUCUAAGUCAAGUUCAAAACUGGGUCACGUGGGGUUAAAAACUAGGUCAGUAGGUCUAAAAAUAGAAAAAACCUUGUGACCUCUCUAGAGGCCAUAUUUCUCAACGGAUCUUCAUGAAAAUUGGUGAGAAUGUUCAGCUUGAUGAUAUCUAGGUCAGGUUUAUAACUGGGUCAUGUGCGGUCAAAAACUAGGUCAGUAGGUCGAAAAAUAGAAAAACCUUGUGACCUCUCUAGAGGCCAUAUUUUUCAUGAGAUCUUCAUGAAAAUUGGUGAGAAUGUUCACUUUGAUGAUAUCUAGGUCUAGUUUAAAAGUGGGUCACGUGCCUUCAAAAACUAGGCCAUUAGGUCAAAUAAUAGAAAAACCUUGUGACCUCUCUAGAGGCCAUAUUUUUCAAUGGAUCUUCAUGAAAAUUGGUCAGAAUUUUUUAUCUUGAUGAUAUCUAGGUCACAUGUGCUCAAAAACUAGGUCACUAUGUCAAAUAAUAGAAAUAAUGACGUCAUACUCAGUUCAACACUGGGUCAUGUGGGGAUAGGUGAGCGAUUCAGGACCAUCAUGGUCCUCUUGUUUCUAUAAUACAUAAAUUGAUAUUUAUUUCUGUCUGAAAACAUCCAAAAAAUCAUUUAAUGUUUGAAAUAAGCCUAUUGAAUUUAACAAUAAUCUUAAAUAUUUUGUAUGCUAUUAAAACAAAACAUUUACAUAAUUAACUGUAUAAUAACUGAAAUCAUUGUCUAAUUAUAACACUAGUCUCUUUCAAAAACACUCCUUUGA